UCGACCGAACUUGCCGCCACUACCUCGCUAAUCCUUCCAACCAUUCUUCGUUCUUUCCUUGUCACGGUUCUCUUUGCAAUUUCGGGUUCUCCUUGACUUCCUUCCUCGACUACCCAACUCUCUCAAUCCGGCCACGUCAAUCUCCUCCCCCUGAAACGUCAUCUCUGUGAAACACCGCCCGCCGCCGCCACCGUCAGCGUCUGCUCCUCUCCAUCGAUCCGAUAGAUCGUCUUCUCGCUUGGCGCUCUCCUAUGCCGCUUCAACUCUUGAUGCGGUCAGGAGUUUGUCCCCGUCAUGGCGCAUAAUUGGAAACAACCGUAUCAACCACUCUCCACUAACCACUCCAACUCCCCCGCCUCUCCUUACGGCGGUGGCGACACGCCGAUUGCCUUUCGAACCAAUGUGAACCGGGCCAAGACCAAACGAUGGGUCGAAGCGAAGCAGUACUCCUACGAUGGCAACGACUGGGGGGACGACGAUGAGGAGGAAGAGGAGGACGAUAUCCCUCCCCUGCCCCCACACUCCAACAAUGUAAACCACGCCCAGUCCAGGGACCAGGCCAUCCCCGGACACGACGGUACCGGUCACGGUCGGUCACCCGAGAGACCCGGCGAGACGUCGCCCACGACCCCGAUUGUGCGUCCCGUAGAUAUCUAUAAGCGGAUGCGCGAGGGGCCAGCAGGGUCGGCGGAGAGUCCAUCCGCGGCCGUGGGUCCGUCCGCGACGGGCCCCAGGUCGAGCACCAACCUCUCGCCGGGCCCGGACGCCAGUGGUGACGAUCCCACCCGUCUUCACCCCCAGGAUCCUGCCACAGGGCCGUCCCCAACCCCGCUGCAGAGUCGAACCACACCCAUCCUAGGCCUGCCCGAUGUCAAACGUCUGUCGGGCUUUGGGUCAGAUUUCAUGAGCAAGCCGGCACCCGCCCCGGCUCCGGUCCCCGCCCCCGCCCCCGCCCCCGAAGAAUCGCAGCAGAGCGCGCUGCACCAUAACCCCUCGCUGGGAUUUCGAUCUAUCGUCCAUCAAGCGUUCGAUGUCGAGACCCCAAGCACCGCGGUGGAUAGCAUGACGCGAUCGAACAGCGCCAGCACGUCGGCGAUCAGUCCCAUCAUGCCCCCCCGCGCCACAAGCGACACUCGGACCCCCACCAUCACCGAGGAACCCGGCGAGGGCCUGUCCACACCCACGGAGCCUGUCCCGGGGUUCAAACCGGGCCAUCGUCGGGACCUGAGUGUACCCAGUCCGGGGAACAGUCCGUCGCGGACGCCCAUGAUCACCACCGCGGACACCCCGGCCCAGCCGGCCGCCGCCGAAAUGUCCCCAAGCACCCCGUUCGGCUCGCCUCUGGACCCCGCGGCGCCGCGACACCCCCCGAUUGCCGAGUCGACCUCGUCCCCGCUGGCGGAGAAAGACCGACCGGCGCCGCUCAACAUUGGUAGCAUAGCCACCAACCAGCACAACCCAACUCCGGAAGUACCGAUCAUCGUCCCCAGCAGCAGCACCGAGACCUCGCCCCAGGACGCACGAAACGACCGGCUCCACCAGGAGAUCAUCCAGUCCUUGAGCCGCGAGAACACCCCAUCCGACGACCCGCAGUCGCGGCCACAGACGGGCCGACCGGACAAUCAACCAGACAAUCAGCUGGACAGUCCGCCGGACAGUCUCAUCCCCAGCGAGUAUGAGCGGUACUGGACGGAGGGCCUCCCCACCAGUCCUCAGGACUCGCGGCCGAAUGAGUCGGGCACCGCACCCGUCCCGCCCGUCCCGUCUGGCGCGCCCGAAGAGUCCCGGCCGCGGCUGGCGCGGCGGUUCUCCUGGGAGUCGACGUCAUCUGGUGAGGAGGCCCCUCCGGCAGUGGACUCCCCUCCGGCGGUGGACGCCCUAUCGCCUCCCAUAGGGCCUAUGCCGGGACAGUUUCCUGCGGGCCCGGCAGACGACAGCCCGCCGCCGCCCGCUGCCGCAGCCAUUCCCCCCCCUGCGGAGGCGGAGGAGGAGCGCCCGCCCGUGGAGAAACCCAAGCUCACCAUCAUUCCACCUUCGGCGACGGACACCAGCAGCAUCGGCUUUGAGCGACUGCCGGAAAUGGUCCACCCGCCGCCGGCGGACGUGGGGCCGGUGGACGCGGGCCCGGUGGCGGACGUACCCCCGGCGGUGUUCGCUCCGACCGAAUCCCCUUCGCUCGAGCCGAGUCUACUAGGAUUCCGGGAUAUCCUCAACAUGCCCCGAUCGGAGGAUCGGGUGCAGGCGUUUCACCAAACACGGACGCAGUUCGGGUCGAUCGACACGGGGUUGAACCGGUGGAUCCAGGUGGUGGUGCAGGCGCAUCCGGAGCACCAGGAUGUGGUGGCGCAGUCCCGAAAGCAGUCGACGGGGGAGCCCAAGGUGGUGGUGUCGCGGGGCAAGUUCCCGAAACUGCCGUCGCUGAGCGGGCCCUUCGGCGCGCACGGGGACGGCAGCCCGGGCGGGUCGGGCCACGCGCGACGGCCCUCGGGCCCAAUACUGAACAAGCAGCAGGUGGAGCAACGCGGCAAAGAGUUGCUCCACACGGCAGGGAUGUUGGGAGGACGGGCAGGGCAAACGGCCAAGGGAUUAUUUGCGCGGGGCCGCAGCAAGCUCAAGGGGAAUGGGGCGGAGCAAUAACUCUCUCACUCUCUCCCUCUCUCCCUCUCUCUCUCUUUCUAUAUGUUCUAUCCUAUUUUAUCCUACUUUCUAUUAUGAUUGGCGUUUGUUUCUGUUCUAGGUUCAUGUUGAUACGUUUGGGAAACCAGGGAUCUUGUUCUUGAUACCAGGGCGCUUAGAGAUGUCUCGAUAUAAAUAAAGCGGCAGAGAAUUCCGAGGUUGGCGCUGAUUGGUGCCUGAGGAGCAUUGA